AUGCGAGAAGAAUAUUGGGAAGAGGAGGUGAUUGGGUGUCACAGUUUAGCUGAAGGAGAUCCUGAAGAGGCUCCUCAGAACAUUCCACCUGACAUUGAUCCCAAGACGGUGACUCUAUGGGAGGGUCAGAUCUUCAAAGGAUCAGUUGGAGAUAUCUCUAUGUUCUUCUGUGGGAUAUGUGGCUACAAAACAAUACAUAGAACAAAUAUACUUCGUCAUUUUCGGUUGCAUACAGGAGAGAGGCCUUUCACAUGCGGGUGGAAUCGCCACCAGUCUGAGAUCCUGCAAACCUUUGAUCAGUUGAGGAUUAGGGAGACAUUUGUGGAUGUGACUUUAUCAUGUGAGGGCCAGUUUAUCAAGGCCCACAAAUUGGUGCUUUCGGCCAGCAGUAAAUAUUUGGAGCGAAUCUUGCAACGGGAUGGGGCUGGCUCCAUUACCAUCUAUUUCUAUGGAGUUGAGAUGUUCAUUCUGAAGUUGCUGGUGGAAUUCAUGUACAACGGGGAAGUAGAAGUUCCCUCUGUUGAUUUAGAAAAGUUCAUUGAGGUGGCAGAGAACUUGGAGGUAAAGGGACUUAAAGCAGAAACCAAGGGACCUGUACAAAGUGCCUGUUCAACUGAUUAUGGAGGUGAUGUUCCUUGCAAGCGGAAAAGAAGCAUGCCCCAUGCAAUGGAAGACUCUCCUUAUCCUGUGAAGCAGCUGAGGCAACUUGAAAUGGGAUCUUCUACUUCCAAUCAAUCCCAACUCUUACCUGAUGAGCCUGGCCUAAACGUCAGCAAUAAUUGUGAUGAUGUGGUUGUGAUCAAAGAAGAAUCAACUGAUGGAUCUCCAGUGGGUACAGCUGCUGAGUCAGAAGAUUAUUGGGAAGAGGAGCCAAUUGACUAUGAUAGCACUGCUGGAUGUGAAUCUGAAGGAAUUCCUCAGAACAUUCCACCUGACAUUGAUCCCAAGACGGUGACUCUGUGGGAUGGUCAGAUCUUCAAGGGAUCAACAGGGCACAUCUCAAUGUUCUUCUGUGGAAUAUGUGGCUACAAAACAGGCUCUAAUCAAGUGAGGCUUAAAAUGUCAAAUAAGUAUAUAUUGAAGUGGAAUUGUCACCACUCUGAGACAUUCCAAGCCUUUGAUCAGCUAAGAAGCAAGGAGAUGUUUGUGGAUGUGACCCUGUCAUGUGAGGACCAGUUCCUCAAGGCUCACAAGUUGGUGUUGUCAGCUGGCAGUAAGUAUCUGGAGCGAAUCUUGCAGCGGGAUGGGACGAACUGCCCUACCAUUCACUUUUAUGGUGUUAAAAUGUCCAUCCUCAAGUCAUUAGUGGAGUUCAUGUACAAUGGGGAAGUGGAAGUCCCCUCUGUAGAUUUAGAGAAAUUCAUUGAGGUAGCAGAGAACUUGGAAGUGAAGGGACUGAAAGGCAAUGGACAAUCCAAUUCCAAGGAACCAAUUGAUGCUGCCUUUUCAACUGAUUAUGGAAGUGUUGCCCCCAGCAAGCGAAGAGGUGUUCCACAUUCAGUUGAAGACUCUCCUUAUCCCAUAAAGCAACCAAGGCAAGCUUAUAAUGUGAAAUGCCCAGCACCAACUGCAUGUCCAGUACAGCCCCAAAUGGGAUCUUUUGCCCCAAAUCAGUCUCAGUUCACAGCUGAUGAGCCUGGCGCAAGUACCAAUAGUAACUGUGAUGAAGUAGUUCUGAUCAAAGAGGAGUCACCCAUUGGAUCCCCAUUGAGCUGUGCUACUGCCAAGUCAGAAGAAUAUUGGGAGCAGGAGGCACUUGAGUGUCAUAGUGCAGUUGGAGAUGAAUCUGAAGUUCCUCAGGUCAUUCCUCAUGACAUUGACCUAAAGUGGAACACUCACCAUGUUGAUGCAUUUCAAGCCUUUGAUAAAUUGCGGGACAGGGAAAUAUUUGUGGACGUCACCCUGUCGUGUGAGGGCCAGCUCCUGAAAGCCCACAAGUUGGUACUUUCAGCUGGUAGUAGCUAUUUGGAGCAAAUUUUGCAACAAGAUGGAUCCAGCAGUCCCACCAUCCAUUUCUAUGGAGUUGAGAUAUUUGUCUUAAAAUUACUGGUGGAAUUUUUGUACGAUGGGGAAGUGGAAGUUCCUUCAUCCCACUUGGGGAAGUUCAUCAUGCUAGCAGAGAACCUGGAGGUGAAAGGUUUAAGUGGAGGUUGGCAGACAAGAGGAUCUGACAUGCCUCUACCUGUUGUGGAAUCUAAUUAUGCUAUUGCUCAUAAACGCAAGAUAGCAUGUCAGUCCUUAGAAGGUUCUCUUCCUUCUAAGGAACCAACCAGAAGGAAUUUGGCAAAUGGACCCAUUUACACACCUCUUCUAGUGCAGGAUUGGGAGAAUGGAAGUAUGCAGCCUGGGAGUAUGAUGUAUGAAGAAGCACAAUUGAGAGAACGCCCUGUGUCUCCCUCCAAAAUUCCUUCUGAGAUAGAUCCGUUGUCAGUGUUCCAUGUUGAGAAUGAAGUGUAUGGGGGAAUAGCCGAAGGACUUACGAAAUACUUCUGUGGAGUCUGCCCAUACAAGAGCGGGAGAAAGACGGAUGCAAGGCGAGCAGAGUGUUCUGAUUACAAAUUCAUCUCCACCAUGUCAAAUAAAUAUAACCUCAAAUGGAAUUCUCACCAUUUGGAAACCUUUCAAGCCUUUGACAGGCUGAGGACCAGGGAGAUGUUUGUGGAUGUGACACUAUCUUGUGAGGGCCAGUUCCUCAAAGCCCACAAAUUGGUGCUUUCAGCCAGCAGUCAAUAUCUGGAGCGAAUCCUGCAGCGGGAUGGAUCCACGAAUCCCUCCAUCCACUUUUUUGGAAUUGAGAAUUAUAUCCUCAGACUUCUUGUUGAGUUCAUGUACAAUGGGGAAGUGGAAGUGCCCUCAGCAGACCUGGAGAGAUUUAUACAGCUGGCAGAAAAGUUGGAAGUGAAAGGACUAAAAGGUGAUGGAAGAGCUAAAGGACCUCAUUUGAAUUUCCCUGUUGAGGAUGUGGAGACUACCGUACCUUACAAGAGAAGAAGUCAACCAUUAUCUGCUCAAGACUUUCCAUAUCCCAUGAAACAGCGAAGGUUAGGUGCCAUGACUGCUCCCCCAACAAAUCCUAUUUCAGCCCAGUCUCCUGGGAAGGCUUCUUCAGCCCUGCCACAAGCUCCAGUUGCAGAGGAACCUGGUCCAAGCAGCUCCAAUAGUGAGGAAGCACUGGUCAAGUUGGAGUAUGAGGAUGGUUCUGUUGAAUCUUCAUUGCAGGAGGUUGACUAUGGGGAAGAACAUUGGGCAGAAGAAAGUAUGCACAGUGGUGGUUCAGGUUUUAUAGAAACAGCAGGAAGUUCUUCAGGUGCUCCAUCUCAUAUCCCUUCCGAAAUAGAUCCCUCGACGGUGACCUGGGUCAAAGAUGGCUUUUACAAAGGAGCUGGCCCUGAUGGAAUUGCUCGUUUUUUCUGCGGAAUUUGUCCCUACCAAACAGCACUGAAACCUCAUGCUGCACGUCACUAUCUAACUCAUACAGGAGAAAAGCCUCACAGCAUAUUUCAUGUGGAAUAUGAAGUGUAUGGUGGAGCAUCUGGAGGGCUUAUUCUAUACUUCUGUGGUCUCUGCGGUUAUAAAAGUGCCAGAAAGCAUGAUGCUCGCAGGCAUUUCUUGUCGCAUACCCAUGGGAAACGCCACAAGCCUCUGAAGAUCUUUUGUCUGAAUAUGACAGACAUGCUAGCCAUGUCAGGUAAGUAUAAUCUGAAGUGGAAUUGCCAUCACUCAGAAUCCCUCCAAGCCUUUGAUCAACUGCGGAGCAGAGAGGUGUUUGUGGAUGUGACCCUGGCUUGUGAGGGCCAGUUCCUCAAGGCCCAUAAGCUGGUGCUUUCUGCCGGCAGUCUAUACCUGGAGCGAAUCCUGCAGCAGGAAGGAUCCACCAGUCCCUCCAUUCACUUCUUUGGAGUUGAGAUGUGUAUUCUCAAACUUCUUGUCGAGUUUAUAUACAAGGGGGAAGUAGAAGUACCCUCAGCAGACUUGGAGAGAUUCAUUCAAAUGGCAGAGGACUUGGAAGUGAAAGGAUUAAAAGGAAAUGAAAAAAUGAAAGGAUCUACUAAGUUGACUGUGCCUGUUGGUGAAACUGUGCCUAUUGGCAAUGCAGAGACUCUGAUUGUUCAUAAGAAAAGAACUCAUGAACUGUUGGCUCAGGAAUCCCCUCAUUCAGUGAAACAGCAAGAGUUAAGUGCCAUGACUGGAUCCUCAACUACAACUCCCCCAAAAAAGGUAGAGGGUAUUAUUUCAAGAAAAUCUGCUUCACCACUGAAGCAAGUCCCUGUCUCAGAGGAGCCUGGCCCAAGCACCUCCUACAAUGUGGUAACACAGGUCAAGCAAGAGUUUGAUGAAGUGGAAGGACUAUCCAGGCAAGAGCAUAGUGAAGGCUUUGCUGAAACUCUACUGCAGGAGGCUGAUUCUGUGAAAGGAGAGCAUUGGGAAGAGAAGAGCAAACACACUGAGACUUCUAUUUCUGCUGCACAAAGUUCAUCAGGAGUUCCAGCAGUACCAGCCUGUAUCCCCCCUGAUAUAGAUCAAUCGACGGUGACCUGGGUGCAAGAUGACAUUUAUAUGGGAGCUGCUGCUGAUGGAGUCAGUCACUUUUUCUGUGAGUAUGCAAAUUUGAAAUCCGUCCCAGCCAUGUCAGGUAAGUACAACCUGAAGUGGAAUUCUCAUCAUUCAGAAGCUUUUCAAGCAUUUGACCAACUGCGAAGCAGAGAGUUGUUUGUUGAUGUGACCUUGGCAUGUGAGAGCCAGUGCCUGAAGGCCCACAAGCUGGUUCUAUCUGCUGGUAGCCAAUACCUAGAGCGAAUCCUGCAGCGAGAUAGCUCCACCAGUCCCUCCAUUCACUUCUUUGGAAUUGAGAUGCAUAUCCUCAGACUUCUUGUUGAGUUCAUGUACAAGGGAGAAGUGGAAGUACCCUCAGCAGACCUGGAGAGAUUCAUUCAAAUGGCUGAUAAUUUGGAAGUGAAAGGACUCAAAGGUGAUGGAAGACUAAAAGGAUCUGGUUCUGUGAAUAUGCCAAUCAAUGAUCUGGAGCCUCCCAUUGCUCACAAGAGAAGAAUAUGCUCCCUGUCGGCUCCCAACUCCCCAUAUCCCCUAAAACAGCAACGGUUAAAUGCAGUGAGUGCAACCUCAAUAGCUGCAACAUCAGCAGAGACUGUUUCUUGUGCUCAUGACAAUACAGAAUCAUUCUCUUCUCAGUCUUCAGGGAAGGCUAUAUCAUCACAUCAUCAAAUCUCUGUCCCCAAGGAACUUGGCCCAAGCACAUCCAAUGAUAAGGAAGCUCUACUGAAGCUGGUAUAUGCUGAAGGGGAAGCACUGGUCAAACAGGAGCAUGAAGACUCUGUUGAAGCACAACUGCAGGAGGAGGAAGAUCAUUGGGAAGAGGAGAGCAUGCAUGCUGAGACUUCAAAUUUUGAUGCUGGAAGUUCAUCAGGACCUCCAACCUCUAUCCCUAGUGAAAUAGAUCCAUCGACGGUGACCUGGGUCCAAGAUGACAUUUACAAAGGAGCUUCCCCUGAUGGAAUCCUUCGAUUUUUCUGUGGUAUUUGUUCGUAUCAAACGCCACUGAAAGCUCAUGCAACCCGUCACUAUCGGACGCAUACGGGAGAGAAGCCUCAUGUCUGCCCAGUGUGUGGCAAGGGAUUCAGUGAGAACUCAGACAUGAAGAAGCAUAAAAUACUGGUAUAUCUUUGUGGCGAAGCUUUCACAAUGACAAAGUUCAACUUAAAGUGGAAUUCUCACCAUUCAGAAGCAUUCCAAUCCUUUGACCGGCUGAGGAACAGGGAGAUAUUUGUGGAUGUGACCCUUUCAUGUGAGGACCAGUUCCUCAAGGCUCAUAAGUUGGUGCUUUCGGCAGGUAGUCAAUACCUGGAGCGAAUCUUGCAGCGGGAUGGGACCGGGUGCCCCACCAUCCAUUUCUAUGGAGUUGAGAUGUACAUUCUGAAGUUGCUAGUGGAAUUCAUGUACAAUGGGGAAGUGGAAGUUCCCUCAGCAGACUUGGAGAAAUUCAUACGAGUGGCAGAGAAUCUGGAGGUGAUAGGACUGAAAGGUGAUGGAAAGAUGCAGGGACCUGCUACAACUAUACCUGCAGAUGCUAUCGAAGCUGCCGUUGCACACAAGCGGAGGAUCAUACGGGAGUCAUAUGAAGAUCACAUCUACCCAAGAAAGCUGUUGAGGAGGAAUAUUGAUCCACCUUCUAAACAAAACCAAAGAGAUACCCAGUCUCCUGUUGGAACUUCAUCACAAUCUGAAAUUCUGUCUGAGGCAGAAGAGUCAAUUUCCAACAUGGGUUUAGAUAAACCAGGGGAAAUGUUGGUGAAAGAGGUGUAUGAGGAAGAAUCUGCUGGCAAACCUCCAUCUGAGACGGAUGAAUCAUGGGAGGAGGAGAGUAUGUCAACUGGGAGCAUUUCCUAUGCCUACAAAGAAAUUCGAAGUACAAGAAGCUCUGAAACAAAAGACCCAGGGAACUCUUCAGGAGUUCCUCAAGUCAUACCUCCUGAGGUAGACCCUUUGACAGUAUAUCAAGUGGAACAGGAAGUUUAUCGUGGAUCGUACGAAGGUGGGACCGUAUUUUUCUGUGGCGUUUGCCCGUACAAAAGUCCACGGAAGCACGAUGCCAAGCGACAUUCCUUCACUCACAUCCAGGGGCGACUUUUCCCAUGCAAACUUUGUAACAAGAGCUUCCGGUCCAGAGAAGGCAUGAACUACCAUCUCAACUUUUUCCACGAAGCAAAGUAGUGUUUUGAUGUGAGUAUGACCAACAGACUGCUUGAUUAUUCAGAUUGACUUUCCAUGUGAAGUACUAGAAUGCCCAUGAAUUGCUAGUGAAAUUCUUGAUGGUGGUCCUGUUGGUGUUUGCAAAUGCAUCUUUAUGACGGUAUUAACUUUCUUUGGCUACCUGAUGUGUGUGAC